ACUCGAAACAGGGGAGGGUGGGAAGUGAGGGGCUCACGACCUGAUCACGGCUCAACCCGAGCAGGGCUCCAUGGUGGUUGAAAGUUUUUUUUCCUAAUGCUUUCCUCGCUUGCCUUUGGGGGGGAUAAGUUUGGCAACUUCUUCAGCCUCCUUUAUUCUCAACCCUGCACAAGCCGGCUGCGCCGACUUGAAUUUUUUCUUCGCCUCCCCUAUGCACAGCUGUUUCAGAUCAGCCUAGGGUCGGCAGUUCGUCUGGUGGUUUUCCGGGGGUUGACCAGACAAGACGAUAUAGCAGUUCCCUUAACAGCCAACGUUGCAUUUCACAGAGCCAGAAAAAGGAGUCGCGAAAAAGGAUCAUGUCAUUGUCAGACGAGUGAUUGGUAUGCUACUAACAAUAGGAGUUUUCUGACUCUUGGACGCAGAGCAGCCAACGCCAUUGAGUCGGGAGAAACCGCUCCGUCUCUCAGGAUUGUGCCAUGAUGACCGACAGGACUGAGAUUGAAUGCACGAAAUCAAAUGCUCCGCCUGUACACGCGUAUUCUGUGCAGGUCAUCGUGUCUUUUCUUACCUGGCAUCUCAUUACUGAUAUCCCACUUGAACUCUAUAUCAUAUCUCUCUCCCCGUAGCGUCCCAGACCUUGCCUUGUCACGAUGAU